AUGUCGCAAGAGCGCGUGAGUAAUGAUGAGUUCCUGAACCGGCUCACCGUUCUCCUCUCCUCGACACACUCAGAAAGCCAUGGCUCUGUAUACCUGACUCAGAAGCCUCUCAUCCCUACCACAGCCGACUCAUCAUCAUCAUCACCAUCACCGCCGUCACAGAUCCUCGUCCGCGCCACGAAUGGCCUCUCCAAACCUCAUCGCACAGCCAAACCCAAGUCCAAAUCUGCCGACUCUGGCAAGCCGAAGGUCAAGCUCGCAACGGUCGUCGAGGUGGCGGACCUAGAUGCCUUCUAUGCGCGCUAUGCGGAGGUAUGCAAGAAGGGAAUGGAGGGCUUGAGGAAGCGCGAUAAGAAGAAGGCCAAGGAGAAGGCGAAGGCGAAGAAGAAGGGGAAAGCUGCGACAGGCGCCGCUGGGGCUUGA